CUCAAUAUGAUCUAGUAUCGUUCCAAUGCCUACUAAAUUUGUUAGUCGCAAAUUGCACAAGGGUUAAGUUGAAGAACUCUCUUAUUAAAAUGACUAAGAUAAAAUGUAGACAUUUUUUGAAAAAUAUACAAAUGAGUAGGGGUGGAAGUUUGAUUUGCGGGUAACCCGCAAACCGCACAUUUUGUGGAUCUCCAUACCCACAAUUUGUGGAUAGUGGGUUGGGUAUGGGUAGCAAAAUAUUGAUUUUUGUGGUUAGUGGUUAACCACUAUCCACAACGGUUUACCCACAAAACCCACAUUAGUUUAUUUCUUCAAAUACUUUGUAACCUAUAUUAACCACAUUAGUUAUAUUAGUUUGUGAAACUUGGAAGACUAAGAAUUAAAGUAGCUACCAAAAUCAAAUACACACUUAUUCUAUAAAACAAAACCAAGUCAAUGCGCAAUAUUCAUGUGAGAUAUUUUUACCAAAUAAGCAUUGUCCGUGUGGUGUAUGUUUUUUUAUGACAAAACCAAGACCAUAGAUAUAGUCAGAUAAAUUAGUUGACUUGUUAAAAGAGGGGAAUAAUCGAUAAAGGUUAGUCUGAUACCCAAAAUCAUCUCCAUUUCUCCACUUAUCAAGCCACUUUUGUGUUUUGCUGUUGUUGCCAUAGGAGGAGCCGUGACAUGUAAUGAUGUUUGUCUGAUAACAGGUCACUCCGCCUCUGCGUUAUCUUUAAAUCUCUUUCCAAAUUCAUCUCUUCUAAAUUUACACUAAUUAACUUAUUGUACUCGAGAUUUAUCAUUUAUUUAACACUUUAUUAACUUUUUUAUUAUGUAUAUUUUUGUUUUUGUGUGAGAAGAAACACAACAUUAAUAUUUAAUUAUCAUAUUAUUAUAUUUAAUGUGAAAUUUUGGUGGGUAUCCACAACUAACCCGCACCAACCCGCAGCGGGUUGUGGUUAACCACUAUCCACAACGGGACGGGUUGUGGAUAACAUAAUUCUACAUUUGUGGACGGGUAACCACACCCACCCUAAUUUCCACCCCUACAAAUGAGAAUGAAGUAUUGUAUUUAUAUGCGAUCGUCAAAUUCAGGAACUCAUUAUAUAUUCAACUAGCGUGGGCCCCGACCAUUUGGCCGGACGAAUGUGAGGUACGAAAUUUGAUAAUGUAAUGGGGUGUACAGCUUAUUGUUGUAUAGUUUUUUUUUGGAAACACGUGAUAAAAAUAGUGAAUUUUAGUAGAAAAAGAGACAUGAAUGAUAUAACGAAUAAAAAGUCAGCCUUAUGAACCAAAAUCAAGUACCUGUUACCUUGUGAAACAAUAUUGUUUCUGGUAAUAUGAUGAGGUGGAGUAAGUUUUAUAGAAAUCGAAUUCCAGAAAGUCGAAUAAAAAUCGCCUAUCCCGCCGGUUUUCGGGAAAUGAGCAUCUCACAAUCGUUGCUAGCUUUUACUCGGCCCGUUGGCCGAUUAAUUUGCUUUAUAAAACUUUCAUCUUCUCAUCAUUGUGCUCUCUGGUUUUUUGCCAAGCCAUGAUAAAAUCUAAAGAAAUCAAGAAUGAACAACACGAUUUGGGAUAGGAACCACCGUUCCUGUAUCCCUAGAAAAUGGUGGUAAACACGGACUCACCUGCCAAACUGGUUUGGAUUGAGAUUUUUAUGGGGUAUCAGGGAACCAUGUGAUUAUAAAUUAGACUUGAUCAAAACGGGCCAAAACUUGAAAUUCAAUCUAUUUGACCGACCCAUGCCAAACUCUAAUUAUUCUUUACUUUUAAACUUUAUAUUUGAAAAUAAAAAAUAAUGAAAGAAAAGAGACGACUGCAAUUCACCAUUUGCACAUCACUGAUUAGGGAACAAAAAUAUAUAAUUUCAAAAGGAAACUGAAAAUAUUUAGGAUCGUUUUAAUGUUAAAAAUAACCAAAUAGAUCUUUCUGUUUAGUUUUUUACUAACAAAUACCAAACGAUUCCCUAUAAUAUACACUAUAAUUUAAUCAUUAUGAUAUCAAAUAAUUACAUAAUAUAUAUUUGAAAUGAUAAAAAUUGGACUAAUUGAGUUGGUCGAGGUUGAACCAUUGAAUAACUUUAAAAUACAUUAUAUUUUAGCCACUAAGAUAUAAAAUAAUAGCAUAAUAUAUAUUAUGCUAGAGAAAAUAGCUUGUUUUAGAAUGGCAAACCCAUGAUGUUUAUUUGUUUUAUUUGAUGGGCAAAUACCGUGUAGGUCAGACUCAUUCAACUCUUUUAUUUUAUGAUUAGCGGUUAGCCCAUUAGAAUCCAUGCAUUAGUUUAUUGUUAUUUUUUUUUUCUUUUUAGCAAUAAAAAUGAGUAUUGUUUUUGCCUUUUCAUAUAUAUAUAUAUAUAUUUUACCACCACAGAGAAAUAAAAGGACUUAAAGAAAAAAAUUGACACUCCUGGACCCGUUUAAAUCCGCAUGUGUAUGGUAAGUUGGCCCGUUCCACAGAGGAAAAAGAAAAAAAUUGACACUCCUUAUUAUACUCUUCCUACAAACGCUCCUGAAGUAGGGAAUUUGAAAUGGGGAAAUGGUUUUUUCCUCUCUGCAAUUAUAUGUUUUUAAUUUAAAAAGAAAUAACAAAUGUACUUAGUGUGAUUGGUUAUGAUCUUUGUUUUUCUUUAAAGUGCUGAUGGUUCGAAUUCUAGUAAGUGUCUUUUUAAUGAAUAAAAAGGUAAUUGUGAAGACCAAAAUGUCCUUCCUACUUUUAUUGUGUAUAUUUAAUAUAAAAAAAUAUUCGAUUUAAUAUCAAACACGGUCCAACCGGUCAAACCACUCAGUAUGGAACGAACCAAGAUCUACAACCCAAAACCAAUCUCCCGGCGAGCCACGCCUGGGAGGACUUCAGCUUCACGAGCGUCACUGUCCACUGUCCAGUAGCCGGCCCCUUCCCUCCCAUCGACGGCGGCGCUACCAAACGGCAACUUCCAACGCCAAGCCAUUAGUAGCCACCCGCAACUAACCAUAUGCUCCCUCGCGUCCGUCCCCUCCUUCGAUUCUCUCUCCCCUUACUUCCUCCGAUGGCGCCCCCCAUUUCUUCUCGCGCCGCCGCCGCCGCCACUCUCCCGAUUGUUUCCCUCGCCGCCGCUCCUCACUCCCCUUCUGCUUCCAAGUCCAUCAUUCUCUUCUUCCCUCCCACGCGGCCGUCCACCGCCUUUGCCCCGCCAUCCUUCUUCACGACCAGAUGCUUCCACGCCGGAGUCGUCAAGAAGAUUGUACCCGGGGUUUGCGCCGCCGCCGCCGGCGGACAGAGAGAAUACCGUAAAGUGAGAAGACGCGCCACCGCCAAGAGCAAGCAGAAGGAGCUGGAGCUGAGCGUUAGCAUUUGCAUUGAGGAGGACCUCCCCGAUAACGAUUCUGAAAUCCUGAGUAUAGCAGAGUUGCUCCGCCUAAACGUGCCCAUGGCAUUGAAGUUGGCACUGGAUGGCCUGAAAGAUUCUUCCUGCAAAACUCGAGAAACUACUAUCUCGGAUGUUGGUGGCUACGAGAGCAUCGAGUUGUCUGUCAUGCUUUGCAAUGACAGCUUCAUCCGUAAGCUCAACAAAGAAUGGAGGGAUGAAGACAGUGCUACUGAUGUUCUCUCCAUGUCACUGCAUGUUCCUCAGCUUAAUCUUCCUAUUCUUAUGCUGGGUGACAUUGUAGUUUCCGUGGAGACAGCUGCACGGCAAGCUGAAGAAAGAGGUCAUACACUUCUUGAUGAAAUCCGUAUCCUCAUGGUCCAUGGGUUGUUGCAUCUGUUAGGAUUUGAUCACGAGAUCAGUGACGAGGCUGAAACUGAAAUGGAGAAAGAGGAGGAAAUUCUUUUGAAGAGUCUUGGGUGGACGGGUAAAGGACUAAUUCAAAGUGCAUAUGAUUCAUGCGAGAAAGCUAAUUCUGAUUCAGCAAUUUUGGAUGACAGGAAGAAAGAAGGUAGUCUUCGCUUCUAUAAACCAAAAUUCAAGUACAUCUUCUGUGACAUGGAUGGGACAUUGCUUAACAGCAAAAGUCAACUUUCAACCACAAAUGCAAAUGCAUUGAAAGAAGCUAUGUCAAGAGGAGUGAAGGUAGUCAUAGCAACUGGAAAGGCUCGCCCUGCUGUGAUAAAUAUCUUGAAGACUGCUGGCUUAGCUGAUAAAGAUGGUAUUGUUUUAGAGGCCUCCCCUGGUGUUUUCCUGCAGGGGUUGCUCGUGUACGGUAGGCAGGGACAGGAGAUUUUCAGAAGGAAUUUAGAUCCAGGUGUCUGCAGAGAGGUGUGCAGGUAUUCUUUGGAGCAGAAGGUUCCUCUAAUUGCAUUCAGCAAUGAUCGUUGCUUAACGCUGUUUGAUCACCCCCUUGUUGAAUCGCUGCAUGCAGUUUACCGAGCGCCGCAGGCAGAAGUCAUGCCUUCAGUUGAGGAUCUCAUAGCUGCAGCUGACAUACAAAAAAUGUUGUUCAUAGACACUGCUGAUAGAGUAGCAACUGAACUGAGGCCGUAUUGGUCAGAAGCAGCAGGAGAGCUUGCCAAUGUAGUUCAAGCUGUCCCACAUAUGCUUGAGAUUGUGCCUGUGGGAACAUCGAAAGGUAGCGGGAUCCAAAUUCUACUUGAUCAUCUGGGUGUGAAAGCUGAGGAGAUAAUGGCCAUUGGCGACGGGGAGAACGAUAUCGAGAUGCUGCAAUUGGCUGCCCUUGGCAUUGCUCUCAGCAAUGGUGUCGAGAAGACGAAAGCUGUGGCCGACGUAAUUGGUGCUAGUAACGACGAAGAUGGGGUAGCUGAUGCCAUCUAUCGGUAUGCAUUUUGAACCAUACCAGCAUAGCCAUUGAUCGUUCGAAAGCUCACAGCAAGCAUCUGCACAACAAAGAGGAGGUAAUUUUUUCGAUUGGAUUGGAUGGUUUUAGUUGUUUCUCUUUAAUCUAGCUGAACAUUUGUUCGCUUUUCGAUACACAGGAACUGUAUUACUACUACUACUACUACUACAGCCACGGGAAGUGGGGAAAGAUGCAAAUUAGCAGGACGUUCAUGGGACAAUAAUCUGUAACGCUGAAUUUAAGGCUACAGAUUAUAGUCCCGUUAGAUGAUGGAGAGCGCCUGUAUUAGCUGAAUAUGUUGCGAUUUUUUUUUGUUCUUUUUUUUUCCUUCCAAUUCUUUUCACAGGGUCUUUGGUUACUUCAGUGCAAGGAAUCGGAUGGAUUCAGUGAAGUGUUUUGUGAUCUGUUUAAAAGUAGUUACUUCCCAGAAUAUGUUCUGAUCUUAAUUCCCUUUAACAUAUGAAAAGGUGCAACAAUAAUAAUAACAGUGUGCAAAGGAAAGGAAAGUGGACUGGGAACCAACAUUGCAAGCCAAGUCGCAAGUGGCGUGAUGGUAAAGAGUAAAGAAGAGAAUAAGUGGGAUCCUUGAAUCGGUGGGCGACGCCGCUGUUUUGCAACAGUUGUGGGUUUUUAGGGUUAACGUGGGGAUUUGUUUGCAAAUUGCAACUGAGGAAAUGAAUUCUUUCCACUAUGGAUGACAAUCUGAGCAUUCUCGCGCUGGGAAGAUGGCACCGAAAAAAGCAAUGUGUAAUGUCAAGUAGUUCGAUGUGGAGUGUAGAAAUCCUCAAACAUAGUGUAAAAAUCAGGCAAAAAUGUUAAGACAAGAUUGACGGUAAGCAUUCCAUAAUAAUGAGAUACAUAGGAAGAAAAUAUGAUAUUUGAU